CCUCAUUAGAGGAGAGAGCCGGAGCUGUAAAUAGAGGGUGUAGACUGUUGUGUACGCUCAUUUCAACAUGAACAAAAGCUCAAACACUUGUGUGGACCUUUUCCAAAGAAGCUAAUUAACGGUCAGGUGCAGAGAUGAGAAGGAAAAACUUGCAGACCAUAGUGUUACUUCUGACAGGUGUUGUGUGCCUGGUCAUUAUCAUGACGAAAAACGACUUUGAAAAUGACUUGACACAUAAGAGCAAAGACGUAUAUGAGAUGCUCAGUCAACAAAAUGAUUUGCCCAGCUUUGAAACUCUCCAGCCUGUGUCUUCACAUUGUCAUCAGAAUAUGUCUGCUUAUAAUGUGACUGGAUUUUCUACUCUGCCAAAUUAUAUCCAAGACUUCCUGCUUUACCGACACUGUAGGAGUUUUCCCAUGCUUCUUGAUGUGCCUAAUAAGUGUGGUGGACCCCAAAACUCUGCAGAUGUCUUCCUUCUGCUGGUCAUCAAGAGUUCUCCAGAGAAUUAUGAUCGACGAGAAGUUUUGCGGAAAACAUGGGCUAAAGAAAGAUUGCACAAAGGUGUGUGGAUCCGCAGAGUCUUUAUAACCGGAACGAGUAAAACUGGCUUUGAGAAGCGCCGGCUGAAUAAACUAUUGAAGCUGGAGAACCGUGAGAACCAAGACAUUUUACAGUGGGACUUCAAUGAUUCUUUCUUCAACCUCACACUGAAGCAGAUUCUUUUCUUAGAGUGGAUGGAAAGAUGGUGCCCGCAUGUCAGAUUUCUUUUAAAUGGAGACGAUGACAUCUUUGCCAAUCCGUUUAACAUGGUUGAGUAUGUUCAAGGUCAGGAGGACAAUGAUGGAAGUAAACAUCUCUUCGCUGGGCACCUCAUCCAGAACGUGGGACCUAUCAGACAACGUUCAAGCAAAUAUUUUGUCCCGGUGCAAGUACAGGAGUCUGAAAGCUAUCCUCCAUACUGUGGUGGAGGAGGCUUUCUUCUCUCCGGCUUCACGGCCAAAAUGAUCUACAACAUGUCGCACUCUAUAGAUCUGCUGCCCAUUGAUGAUGUUUACAUGGGAAUGUGUUUGGAAAAGGCUGGCCUGAAACCUAUAUCCCACUUUGGAGUGCGGACCGCUGGUCUGCAUAUCCCCGCUGAAAAUGUUGACAAAUUUCACCCUUGCUUUUUCAGAGAAAUCAUUUUAGUCCACAGAUUUCUGCCGCACAUGAUUUAUGUGAUGUGGAAUGAGAUCCAAAACCCACAUCUGCAAUGCGGAAGGACAAAUUCCAUGUUCAAAAACUGAACAGGGUGUGGGGAAAUAUAAUAGCGGAUUAAGAAUUCUUUUCUAAACAUGGUGGAAAUUCUAAAGCAGGGUGUAGUUUUGCAAAACUACUUUCUUAAACAGUGCGUAUGAGAAACAGGAGUCCAUAGGCUAUUCAUACUGUUGUUUUUUUACA